AUGGGGACAUGGACUGCGAGUAUACCCUCUUGCUCAGACCUGACGAGCAAACAUUACGUUCCGUCAUCCCCACUGAGCCAUUUGGAGCCUGCGCGGGGUCAUAAAGAUACGCACUAUGAUACGGCCAAUAGACCGCAAUCCCCGGUCUGGAACCGCAACAAAUGCCCGAUUAACUCAGAUCUAUCGAUAGGCCUGGAUGUCGACCCCACUGAAUGCAACCUGUCCGAUGAGGCUGCCCUCGAAGCGAGUAGGCCAGAGACAGGAUCUGCACCCAGCGCCAAGAAGGCCUCGUUAAAGGCAUUGUUGGAAAAGAUCCGACGGGAAAAUGGGACUGAUCAAGUGGAUUUACUCACCCUGUGCUUCGGGGAACCUGGAGUCGAUCUUCAUGUACACAUCCAAGGCGAUUUUACCGUGGCCUUACCGUAG